CUCCGCACUGUCCACUGAGUUACACAGCUGUGAAAGGUCUUUACAGGAGACGACCUGCUGUCAUGACUUCCCCAACAUCAGGAAAUAUCAGAGCAGCACUGACCCUCAUAUUACUGGCAGUGCAGCCCAGAAAAUGUCCACCUUCAGCCUCAGCAGGUUGCGCUUUCAGAGCUGUUUCAUAUUAUUGCUGUCCAUAACGUUCAUUGUGUCUGUCACUAUAUUUGUGUUUGGCUUGGAGUCGUCCAAAGUGUGGUUCCACAAUUUCACUAAGUUAAUCACAUUCCAAACAGCCAAAAAUCACACACUAAUACGUAUGACCUCUUUCACAAGACACAACAACACAGUCAACCAACAGACGUCCGAUACCAAACACACAGCAGUGACUACAAUGCUCAGACAUAACGUGACAGACAUGCUCAGUUUGGAGUCCAUGACGGCUGUUCCAGUGAAAGAAGCGUCAUCCUUCCGUUACCAUGAAGCGUAUCCACACAACUACCGCUUCAUCAUAGACGAGCCCCAUAAGUGUGAACAAGAGAACCCGUUUCUGGUCCUCAUGGUUCCAGUGGCUCCACAUGAACUGGAGGCUCGCAACGCCAUCCGGAGCACAUGGGGUAAUGAGAGCGUGGUCCAAAACAAAAACAUCACAGUGGUCUUCUCGCUGGGUCUGCCUGGGAUUGAGGCUGAGAAACAACAGGAGGAACUAAGGCUGGAAAGCCAGCAGUACCAUGACCUCAUCCAGAGCAACUUCAUGGACACGUACAUCAACUUGACGAUAAAGACCAUGGUAAUCAUGGACUGGCUGGCCACACGUUGCCCACAGGCAUCCUACGCCAUGAAGGUCGACUCUGACAUGUUCUUGAAUCUGGAGAACUUGAUGACCUUGUUGCUGAGACCUGAUAGUCCUAAAGAAAACUACAUGACAGGAAAGGUUAUGUGGCACAUACCGGUCAUCCGGGACAAGAACUCCAAGUGGUAUGUGCCAAAGGAAUUAUAUGAUGAAGACUACUACCCAACAUAUCCACUGGGGAUGGGUUAUGUCUUCUCCAAUGACCUUUCAGGGAAGAUUGUUGAGGUUUCAAAAGAAAUUAAGCCAUUUAACAUAGAGGAUGCAUACGUGGGUGCCUGUCUGAAACAAAUAGGAAUUUCACCUUCAACUCCUCCCAAUCCCUCCCAGUUUAAGGACUAUUUUAGAGGCAAGUAUAAACGAAAAGAGUUUGCCAGUGUGAUCACCACCAUCCUUAACUCCCCACAGCAACUGAUCACAUUCUGGCAGGACCUGAAGAGGCCUACAUGAAGGACUCAAAACUGAUGAUAUUUGGGAUAUGAUUGCCUGACAUUUUCUUACAAUGCUUUUGUGUUUACUGUCUGGAAAACCUCCUGUAUCUUCUCUCAGUUUAAUCAGAACUGAAAAAUGCUGCUUGAUAGUACUUGAUAGAACCACCUUCUGCUGCAGUAAGAGUUUCUCACCAACUUCUGUAUUUUCAGUCAGAACAGUGCAAAUCUAUGGGAGAGAAAUGUGGCAGGUUAAUCUAUUAGUACAGGGCAGUUUGUAUGAGACAGAAGGAAACACUGCUGCUCUCCCUCAACCUGUCUGUCAUGUUAUGUUCCAGGACCUGAACAUAACUCAAGACCAGUGGGAAGUGCUGUCUGCAUUGCUAUGAUAUGCCUGACAGCGGCACGAGAUUUACAAAAUGGCAAAGUCCGAGUGGAAAAUUCACAGAAACUAUAUACAUUACCAGAGAACUUGUAGAGAGAAGAAUUUCCACUCUGCAACGUCUUCCAGUUUUCUCAAACAUUAGAGGGCGCUCCUGAGUAGGUCCAGAAUGAAUGGGUUGAUAUGGAACAUUUGAGGAAAAUCAUAGUUUAGAAAUGCUGUAGAUUUAUAAAUAUGCUACGUCAUACUCUGUAGUUCUUCAGAGGUAUCCUGGGCACAGUUACAGUUGCUAGGCAAUGAAGGACCAGUAGGUUGAGGUAAUUUGUGCUGUAUAGUUAGUUAAGAAUAUUAUAGACAAAAUUAUUAUUUAGGAGGAUAAAUAAUGAACUUUCCCUGAGGUUAUCAGGGAUCCUCCAGAAUUUGGAGUUUGAGAUACAGGAGAUUAAGUAGGACCCCCUAGUUACUAAUCUAAUAUUUCUCUUUUUAAGAUUAUUGUAAAAUAGUAUAUAUUUAACACGUCUAGACAUUUAGAUUAGUAUUAUUAUGUGAAAUGAUCUCACUGUACUAACUACACUCAGAUAAUUUGACUUGUUUUAAGAAAUAAUGCUUGAAAAAAGGAAAAUGAUCAGUAUAGUGAGAUAAGUUGGAACACAAUAAUUGAGUAGUGAGAUUUUAUACUUUCUAUAAAAAUAAUAACAUAAUCCCAGAACAUUUUGAGUGAAGGAUCUGAUAAUGGAUUAGUUUUUAAGUAAUUAGUCCAGCACUGGAUCUUUCUGUACUGACAUUAACACUGGCUUUAUGUAGGUCUGUUGAGACGGUAACUCUCUGUUCUGACUGAAAACACAAAGCUGGCUUUGGGAGUGAAGCCUCAAACUCUUUACCUUCCUCUAUAUCUUUCUCUGAUUUUCCCUCUCAAAACCCAGAAGAAUCUCCUCCUCAUAAUGUAGAAUAUCGCUCAACUGCUUUGUUCAUAUCAGUCUGUCUGUAUGCAGUUGUGUCCUCACAUAACAAUAUAGAACAUAGUUUAUUAGAACCAUGACUGUCAUUACUGAAAUAAUCACUACAAUCACUAACGGCUAUUUUUAAAUGGAUAAAUAUGUAUAGGUGAGUUUUUUAACAUGAACACAUACAGCAUAUUUAUUUUAUAAUUUCUUGGGGGUCUUAGGUGGCUGCCUUCCUGAGCCUAGUGUGAAGACCACCCCUGCUUGUAGCACACCCUUACUCAAUAUCUAGAACCUGUUUGGUAUUUCUGUGUGAAUUAGUUAGAACUCCUUGGAAUUAAACAUCAUGUUACCAAAGAUAAUUAUCUCGCUACUUCAUGUAGUUAGCUACAAGUUUUUGUAGCUAGUAGCUGUAGCAGCUACAGUCUGAAAUGUAGCUAAAAGCUGUAGCACCCACAAUUUUUUGUGUAGCUAUAGCAAACUUUUUCACUACAAUUUCGCUACAGGCUUCAGUCAAUCCAUCCCAAGGCAUCCCAGUCAAUCCAAAAUGAACCAUACAAGCAAACUUGUUUGGUGUGUAUUCGAUUAUGUUUGUUAGGAAAAACCUGAAAUGAUUGAUUUUGCCUUUACUUAGUCUAAAUUGUUGUUGGAUAUUUUGCCUUUGGUUGUGUAAAUUUGAUUGUGGUUACACUUCAAGUCACUUUUUGGUGAUCUUUCUAAAUUUGCAGCUUUUCAGUUGUGCUUUCAGUUUCAGUUUUCAGUUUCUUUCUGGCACAUGAUUAAAUGCAGUG